AUGUCCAUCCAAUCGACCAAUUCUCAGAGCUCGAGCUCGGCAUUCCAAACUCGCCUUCCCCAAGGCGCUUUCGACACUCAUGUACACGUCUUUGAUCCCCGACUGGGACCCUAUGCGGCCGGUCGAGCCUAUACGCCGGAAGAUGCACCUCUACAAGAAUUGCUCGCCUUCAACAAUGCCAUCUCUGGGGCCAACAAUACCACACUGGUACUGGUCCAGCCAUCGCCGUAUAAGACAGACUGCACCGUAUUGAUGCAGUGUCUGCGCGAACUACGCGACCGGGAAAUCCCUGCUUUUGGAAUCGCGGUCAUUGACAUUUCCCGCGUGACGGACCAGGAAUUGCAAGCUAUGCAUGACCUGGGCAUCCGUGGCAUACGUCUGAACUUCCAGGCGGACGGGCACAGAGUAGAUGUCGCAAGUCUGAAAGAUAGAGUUCGACAUGCUGCGGAGCGUAUUCAGCACCUGCCUGGCUGGAUGAUCCAAAUGUUCAUUCCAGUUUCGGCAUGGGACGUACUAUAUGACUGCAUCCUCGAGCUCCCAGUACCAAUCAUCGCAGACCAUCUUGGUGGGACCGCUGGCCCGUCCAAGCUGCCGGUCGAGUUGCGUUCCAAGCCGAUGGCUCAGCCCGGGCUAGGAUCAUUAUUAUCGCUGGCGAGACAGGCUCGUGUAAUAAUCAAAAUCUCAGGUCUUUACCGGAUGUCGAGUGAGACAAGCUCGAAUUACGGCGAUUUGCAAUCCAUCGUUAAGAUGCUUGCUAGCGAGGUUCCUGACCAGCUUAUAUGGGGCAGCGACUGGCCGCACACCGGAGAAGGGCACGAUCGAGUGGGCAAAACAGUAGAUGUCAAAGAGCCCUUCCGAGAAAUUGAUAACCAGGGCGUUCUUCGCAACCUUAGUGCAUGGAUGGGUCCUGGGGCAUGGCAGAAGAUGAUGGUGGAGAACCCACGGCGCGUGUACCAAGGAUAGAGUAUGAUUAGAGGUUCGGAACCAGAAGCUAGACCAAUUCAGUAGAGUAUCGGUUGUGUUGCCCUUCAAAUAAAGUUUUCGCAAGCUGCUGGAUCUUGAUUGGUUUCCCUACCUUUCGUUUGGCCGGGGAGGCCAUCGGAAUGAGCCCGUUCGACUCCAUAUCGCCACGCGUCGGAUGCUUCCGGUCAUUG